AUGUUCGCGGUGGAUGCCAGCCAGAACACCGUGUUUCACAACGCGGCCCGUAACGGGAUGCUGUGGGCGUUAGCCUUCUUCCUGUCGACGGAAGCCACGAAGUACAAAGCAAUACGCGCAGGAGACGGAGGAGGGGUUGGAAUCGUGCGGGAGGACACGGCAAGAAACGGCGGCGGCGUCAGCGGCGGUGCAGAGGCCGGCAGCGGCGGCGACCCCGGUCAAGGAGGAGGCUGCGCGAAGGACGGCGGUUGCAGCGGUGAUCUCCGUGAUGAAGGUGAAAGCGCGGACACUGAAGCAGCGACGGCGGCGACCUUCGGCCGCCGUAAGACCCGAGCCGGCUCCACCGAAACGGAGAACAGCGACAACUGCUGUGGCACUGCCGGGGCGGCGGCAGCAGGGGAGACAGGUCCAGCAGCCGCAGCGACAGGCGGGCACGACGCGACGACCCCCCUCGACCCGAGGGUGGCUUCGCUACUGUUCCGCACCGACUGCGACGGCCACACGGCGCUGGACUGGGCCUGCUAUUCGGGCCACACCGGGGUGACCAAGCUUCUCGUCGAGCACGGCCUGAACCCCUGGUCCUUGGACGCGGGAGGGAAGAGCUGCUUGCACUGGGCGGCGAGCCAGGGUCGGGCGGAGACGUGCCGCUACCUCGUGCUUCUCGGCAUGGACCCUCGCCUACCAGAUGGCGGCGGCUCGAGCGCGUUCGUGCUAGCCGAGGGCAACCACGACCCCCGCCUCACGCUGGCGGCGCUGCGUCUCGCAGACGACGUACGGCGGAUUCGCACUCGCCGCGAAGGCGGCGGGGGUUGUUGUUCUGCCGUGGUGUCGACGAUAAUCAGUCGUGGUAGUGGUAGGAGGGUCGGUGGCCGCAGCAGCAGAAGCAGCAGCGGCAGCGGCGGCUCCUUUGGCGUCGGUGAAGUGGACGGGCGUUUCGCGAAGCGGGCGCCGACCGCCGGGUCGGCGGUGCGCGGAGAGGGGAGUCCCGGUGAUGUGGAGAAGGGAGGGGGCGGGUUUACCCCCGGCAGCGACGCCGCGUGUACGAAAAGCGCGGUCAUGUUAGACGGAGAACUGUCUAAAUUCUUCGACAUUGAGCAGGGGGUCCCACAAGGUCGCACGCUGUCCCCAACAUUGUUCCAGGUGUUCAUCAACGAUCUGUUGGAAGUCGUAAAGGCAGUCCGGAAGGGAGUACAAGUAGGGGACACGGAAACGUCGGUUUCAGGAAUGCUGUUUGCGGAUGAUAUUGUCGGUAUGUCGGACACCCCUGAGGGACUGCAACUGCAAAUUGACGCGGCGAAGAAGUUUACUGAUAAGUGGAGAUUGUCUGCCAACGUUCAGAAGAGUGCCGUCAUGGUAUGCAACGAGAACAAGGAGGAACCAGUAGAACAUAGAUGGAAGUGGGGGAUCGAGGAGAUUGCAGUAGUGGACCAGUACACAUACCUCGGAGUAGAGAUCGCAAAAGACUGCUCGUGGAAUGCACACAUGUCCAAGGUAGCGGAAAAGGGCAAAUCACGAGCAGGGAAGCUGCAUCCAAUACUCGCAAACCGGCACCUCGAUACACGCAUCAAAUUGACGGUUUUGAAGAGCAUAAUCGUACCGCCGCUAGAGUACACCGGAGAAGUAUGGGAAGGAAAUAAGAAGGUAGUGAAAGAACUCGAGGCGGCGCAGAUGAAAGCAGCGAAAACCAUCCUAGGAUGCUCCAGGCGCACAAGUAAUGCAGCCGUGAGGGCAGAAUUGGGGAUCCAAUCCCUACGGUCGGGAAGAGACGCGAGGAAGCUGACCUGGCAGUAUCGCAUGUGCGGGAUGGGAGAGGAGAGGUUGCCGAGAAUUGUAUGGGAGGCGAAGUGGGCAAACAAAAAGAGGGGUAGACAACCCACGGAAUGGGUCAAGGUUGUAGAGGACGUAUGGAAGGGGCUCGACAUCGACGAAGAUGAAACGCUGGAAACGGAGGGUCUACAGAGGUUCAAGGAGAAGAUUUCUGUUGCUUGUGCCGAGAGAGAACAGAAUCUAAGGAAAGAAUCCAAGGAUGAGGAGGGUCUGGAAGUUUACGGAAUGUUGAAGGAAGGAAUAGGGUUCAAGGACUACCUACAUGGACCAGUGGAUGCAGGAAGAAAGCUUAAGACGGAAGACGACGAGUUCAAAUGUGAUUGCGGCUUCGAAUGCGAAGACCGUGUUCAUGUAGUCGCGGAAUGCGACAUCAUCGUCCUUCCCGAGCGCCUGAACCCGACGAGGGCGUGGGUAGUCGCGUCGUACGCGAUCCCCAUCUGCGGGGUCUGGGCGCUGUCUUUCGUCGUGCCUUGGUGGGGAUGGUUUCUGGGGAGUGUCGCCGUGCUUGCAGCGACCCGUAAGGCCGCGCAGCUCGCGGCUGUUUUCGGAGGCUGCGGCGGCCGGAAGGGGGGUGCCUCGGAUGGGAGAGCGGGGGGGCCAUGGGGGAGGCGCGGGAGAGACGCACCCGCUUCGGCGGUUCUCCCGGACCCGCCAUCCCGGACCGUGACGGUUCUCCUAGCCCCCGAGAAGCACCUCGCCGUCUGGGCCGGCAUGGCCCUCUGUUUCCUCUCCCAGACCAUCGUCGUCGCGAUUCAGAUCCUGGUGUCCACUACCACCACCACCGCCGACCGUUCUUUCGCCGGUUCUUCGAUCACCGGCGGCGACGGCGGCGGCAGAACUGCCAAAAUGACGGCAACGGCGUGGGCCGCGUGCGCCUCGGUCGGCUUCCUGGCGGCGAUGCUGGCGCUGUGGUGGACCCUGCUGGCCGGCGACGGCCGCGGGGCGGCGGUGGCGCAAGCGGCCGCGGGGGCAGGAGGAGGCCGACCGGCGGCUUCACCGGGAAGGCGGCAGCCGCGGCGGCGGCGGCGGCGGCGGCAGCGGGUCGGGAUGGGGCGGGGGGACCCUGGGGCCGUGGUCAUGUGUCCGAGGGAGGACAUGAGGGCGCUUGUAGAGGGUGUGGCGGCGACCGUGGGACCGCCGGAACCGAGGCGCCUGUGUCAGACGUGCCUGGUGCGGAAGCCGACGAGGUCCAAGCACUGCGCGGAGUGCGGCCUGUGCGUCGGCAGGAUGGACCACCACUGCAUGUGGCUCAACAACUGCGUGGGCUGCGGAAACCACCGGCGCUUCGUGGCCUUCGUCUUGUGCCAGCUGGGGUACGCGGCGCUCUUCCUGUCGGUCUCGAUUGCCUCCAUGGCCAAGGAAAUUUCUUCGGAGGGAGGCGUCGUCAAGGUGCUGGGGACUCUGCUGGGUAAGACUUAUCUCCCGACCUUCCUUCUGACGCUUGCGUCGGCAUUCGGAGUCGUCAUGCUUACCGGGAUCGCUCACGAGCAGAUCCGGAACAUGCUGUCGAACUUCACUUCGAACGAACGGAUAAACCAGCGGCGUUACCCUUGGCUGAACGCCACCCCGCGAGGGCCCCCGUUCAACCGCUACGACCUUGGCCCGUGGGGCAACUUCAUGGAGUUCUGGGGGAUCGGCGGCGGCAACGGCGGUGGCAAAGACGGCGGGGGCGGCAUCGCGCCCGGUGGUAGUAGUGCGGCGGCGGCGGUGGCGGCCGCUGUUUCCAUCCGGCGUCGUCGUCGUCCAAGGGAUAACGACAACAAGCGUGCGGAUUGCAGCGGCGGAACCUCUUGCCACGGAGGAGUGGAGGAGGAAGAAGAGGAGAAGCAUGCCGGGCCGUCGGCGGACGGGGACGGUGCGCACUCCCUGGAGGUCGAAGGGGUUGAGCUCGUCGAACGGACCGCCGCUUCUGCUGCUGCGGAUGGCGGCGGCGGCGGCGGAGGCGGCGGAGGCGAUGGUCGUAGGAGCACGGCAUAUGCCGCUGCCGCCAUCCCGACCGCUGCUGUUCUGGACGCGGGGGUUGUUCCCGUUGCUGCUGCUGGUGUUUGCGAUGGCGGCGGCGGGGGGGAAACAUCGUCCGGGUUCGCUUUAGUGUAACGGUAGACGCGGUGCUGAUGGUCGGCCGCUUUGUUUUGUUUUCCUGGGGCAAAACGUGUUGUUCUGGGUACAUUUUUGUUGUCGUUGUCGUUGUUGUGUUAGGUUCCGACUAAUUCGACGAGCGUUACCUUGCGUAUCUCUUCCCCCAAACCAAUAAACAAUUAAAAUUCAAUUAAAUACGCAUACAUGCAACACACACGUGCAUAAGAAAAAAACAAAAUGCACUCACUUCAGGAGGGACGUCAUGUCAGGAGCGGGGUGCUUGUCGAUGAAGCAGAUGUCGUUGAGAGAAAGUCGAUGUUUGAGCACUUGUCGCCGAUACCAAUACACGAGCGCUAGACACGUGCGGAUGUGCUAGAUCUUACUGUGUUUUCGAGGGGUAACAUGAACGUUUGUUUUACGAAUAACUGCCGUUGAUUGGCACUGCAGCUAUUCUCGAUUUGCUUUUACUCUGUUGCCGCGCUCUCUUUCUUGUAACAGAGAUUCUGCGGCCAUGUACGCAUUUAUGGUGUGCAACUACAAUACGGUAUUAUUACCAUAGAACCGCUAGUGAAUGAAGCGCGAGUCGGUCUUGGGUGCAGGUCUACAAGUGUGGAUUUGCGAGGUUCUUUCUUUCGUGUGCAGUGCAGCGUUGAGAUUCUGUAUUCGUGUAAGAUUUGUUAUGCGUACGUGCGGACUUCUGAUUUUAGGCACGACGCAGAUUUGCUGCCCGAGCGGACGAACCGACGCCGGACGCUAUAUUUAUCACCAUUGGUACACAAACACACAUGGUGGUAAUGCGUGCACGCGUGCUAUUUUCUUUGAUAUAUUGCAGAACGAUCUAGAUGUUACCGUUCAUCACGCUGGCUUCUCCCACUUACCAAGGGCGCAAGGCUCUUAAAGUGGCUGAUAUUCUCCACGAAAUGGUUCGUUAAUAAUAGUCUAUUAUAUUCGCAUUCUUCUGUUUUUCAGCCCCGUCGAUAACCGAGGGUGGGUGCGUUAUUGUUUUUUGCAAAGAAAUGGCUGGAUUCUCGUAGGAUUCAGUAAAGUUCCAGGCAAGGGAUAUGUGCUAACGGGCAAGUCUACAACAGAGCGGAGGGGGGGAAUGUUAAUGUUGCAUCUCUUCCUGUUUUUUUUUUUUCUGUUCGGUCCAUGUUCUUCAAUGUUGUUCAACGUAUGUAGCGAGCUCAUUCUGAGAUCCGAUCCAGGGUUUGUAAGUGCCGGAGCGCUGCCCUAUUGCGAGUAAACUUGGCAUGUUUUUGAAGUAUUUUUUUUUGUACCCGCAACAGAAACCCCAAUUUGCAAUUGGAAGAAAGACUUGAUUUUACAACGUUGAGUUGCGCUGAAGAUGUCGCCGUUCCGACGCGAGCCG